CUGCUGACGCUGAGGCUGCUGAGCUUUAUUCAAACAGGGAGUUAGCUCCAGAAGAUCAGCCGGGAGCAGUAAGAGGUCCCUCAUUAUACUCGGUUCAGAUCUGUCUCUUCGGAUACGCCGAGCACCUUUCUACGAGUGCACGUGUUGAUGUUUAGGUUAGAAACCUGUGAAGCCACACGAACUAUUUGGUUUGAACGAAAUAACUCGUUCUGCUAAAGAGAAAACCUACUUUUCGAUGUGCGUUUGCAUCAGUCAGUGACUGAUCUUCGAACCGUGACAGAUUCUUGUCUCGAACCACGAGACUUCGGUUCACAUGAAAUUGAUGUGAUGCGAGUGCACGAAUCUCUUAGUAAUGAAGUAAUUUCCAUACAUACAACGUCAGGAAUGGAUUCAAACAGCAAAAGACUUGCUGAACCAAGCGGUGCGUCUAUGAGAAACGACAACAUGGCUUACCGCAACGGCGGAGCGCCUGUGGCUCAUCACCUUCAGAUGAGAGGAGGACCGAGACCGACGAUGGGUCACCCUGGCCCAGCCAUCCACCGGCCAAAUCAGAAUAGCAGGUUCCCCUCAGCAACUCAGUACCCCAGGCCUCCUUUCGGUGGUGGAGGUGGUGAUAUACAUCGGGUUCCGUACGGAUCUCAUAUGCCACCAAAUGCAAACUCGCGUCGUCCAUACCCUGAACCUGUUAAGGAAGAUGAUCACCUACAGCCUGGGGCGAAAGCCAGCGACGCCAUGGUCCAGGAGCGUCGUGAGAAACUAAGGCAAGAGCGAGAACAAGAAACCAAACGUCUGGAGGCCCUGCAGGCAAGUGAACUAGACAUUUAUCAUACUGGUCUAGAUGCAUUCUUGAUGGGGCCUCAGAAAAGCUAUGAACACCCCAUGAAGGAAAUGCACGAGGUGAUGAAAGAUUUGUACUUGGAUAAAGCUCCUCCGUCUGUCCGGCCUCCUUCUCGGCCAUCCUCUCCGACAUCUCCGGCCGAUCCUCCUCCGGUUAUGAUCAAUAACAACGUUGGUCAUCAACAACACAGACCGCCCCCGUACAACAAGUUUCCUCGGGCUGAAAUACCGCCACCAAGAACUUCAAAGAUGCCAGAAGAAAAAGUUAUGAACUUACCUAACCCUAAGCACAGAACUGAAAUUAAUUCUAAUUCUGAACCUAGAAACUGCGUCCAGUCAAGUUCAGAGCCUAGAAACAAAGGACUGCAGCAGAAGCCGCUUCGUGAUUCUAAUUCAUUCUCUAGUAGUCGUCUGAAGCCCGAUCAGCUCACGGCUGCGGCAGAGAGAGCUGCUCGUGCUGCCGCAGCUGCUGCUCAAGAAGUUUCUCCUGUACGACCCGCGCUCUCUAGCGCUUCUUCUGAUGCUGCCCACGUGUCCGGAAUGACUCUGAUGGCGGCUCCAUCGCGCGUGUCCAAACGCCCCAAGAUCCCUAUGCCCACUCCUGACGAAAUAAUCUCAUCGACACUCAUACCCAACACAUUCAUCAGCCCAAUCAAGCAGAACCUGCUGGUGGACUCGAUGGACUAUACCCUUUCGGGUGGCAUCUCUCCUCUGAGGGACAUCAUGCGACCAGCUCCGCACAUCCCUCCGCCUCCCGUCAGCGCGUCGGACGGGUCUCACCUCGACACGCAUAGCGGCCCGGUGUCGAUCGUACCUAGAAGUCAAGACUCCAAUGCAAUAGCUGAGGUGUCUGCUGACUCGCCUCAUAUCCAUUCUCAACCUCCAUGCUCACAUAAUAUUGUUAGUCACUCUGUCUCAUCACCAGACCUGAGUUGUGAUCAUUCUAACAGUCAGCAGUUCCCUGUCAAUAACAAUGAUUCUAGUAAAAACCACAACACUGUAAACUAUCACUACAGCUCUCACAAUUAUGCAAGUCUUCCAGCAGAAGUGCAGCAGCCCACAAGCAACAUAGAUGUAGAGACCAGCCCAGUAGGGAUCAAACGAAAUCACCUGGCGCAGAACGGUCACGCUCCCUGUCAACCUCAACAGCCUCCUAUUUCUAGUAACUCUGAGAGACCUGAACACGUCAGCCCGCUGUCUGCUCCUGUAAAAGAUCCUGUCAUGGAGGAUUUGUCCUUCUCAAGCAGCAACACUGAUAACUCCAUCAAUGAAUCUAACUCCAACGAUGAAGAUGAUUCAUCAGAUACUUCAGACUCCUCUUCUACUGAUGGCGAGGAAGACAAUCAUGAUAAUGAGAAUAAUGAAGUCAAUAAGUAUUCAAGUGAGGGUGACUCGGUGGACAAAGUUGAAGUCAAGAAAGAGCUUGCUGAGGAUGAUGGUCAAGGCAAGGACUCAUCCAAUUGGAACCUUACAUUCUUGUUUAGAAGUGAUAAAUCUGAAGCCAAAAACUCUGAGGCCCGAUCUGCUGCCUCUUCUGGGAAGGCAGGGUCCAAUAAGAGUCGAAACUCAGAGCAGAAAAAUUUCGAGUCUCGCAAAUCUCCCCAAUCACAAGGCAAGUUUAAUUAUGAGAGAUCACCUCUGUCAGAGGAUUCAUCAGACGGUGAACAGAUGCCCAAGCCUGCAAUCAGACCUACUCCUCAAGUAGCGCCAAUACCGAGAGCUUCUGACAGGAAUAAAUCUCAUCUUAGCUCCUCUGAUUCCAGUGAUGAUUGCGCGCCUGUUCCACAAGGGAAGAAAUGGAAGAGAGAAGUGCCUUCUAAACCUCCUGUCACUUCACCUUCUAAGAUGAAAACUGCCGGUAAACCAAAGACCAAUGCUAGAGCGAGAGCAAAAAGAAUCAAUCCUGGCGACAGCAAGGCAAAAUCCAGGGCUUAUUUGUCUACUGAUGAGAGCAGCUCUGAUUCUGAUAAUGAUCAUCGAACCCUUAAGCCGCUCCCUAAGACAAAUUUGGCACGUAAAACUACUCCUAAAAAGACAGCCAACCCAAUCACUCCUGGAAAGGAAAAUUCAAAUCGUCAGCCUCUGACAUUCCCGACUAUUAAUAUUCAAUCUAAAAACAAACAAAAGCCAGAAACUGUAAAGUCGCGAUCUUUGAUUGCCGCCUAUCGUGUCAAAGAAAUUUCUAAACUGAACAAAAAAGAAAUACUUGUUCCAUCAAUCCCGGACUACAACUUUGUGUUUCCUGAAGAUGCCACUGCAAAGAGAAGAAGAGGAGAAGAGUUGGCACGAGUCACUAACUCUAGGACCUCAGACGCCAAUAAGAAAGAGGUUUUACUAAAUUUGUAUGCAAAGAAGGAUCAUGGUCAUCACGAUCCUUCAAGCAAGUCAAAAGACCGGAAAAAGCGGAGUCGGGAAUCUUCCGUUGCUCCUAAAGAUGAGGUUAAUGACAACAAAAUCCCAAGAAUUGAUAUGAAAGGCGAGUCUGUGGCAACGAGGGCAGAGCAUGAUCUGAAAGAGAACAAAGUUAAGUCACCAGUUGAUUUAGGAAGUGUCAAAAGAAAACUUGAAGUACCUGAUUUGGAAUCUGUCCAGAACAGUAAAAGAGCAAAAGAUGAAACUCAAAAAUGGCAUAGCGAAUGUGUUUCUGAUACUGAACAUCGUCGCAGCAGCAAGAGCAGUAAACACGCAAAACGGACAAGCCCAAAUAACGACCACAAGCCAUCAGGAACCAGAAGCAGAAGUAACAGUCGGUGUCCUAGUCGCAACUGUGGUGCAGAGGAAGUUACUGCGUCUUUCAUGGGUUCACCAUCAGUGUCUCAGGGCCUGAACUCUAGAGUGCCUCUUGAAGGGGAAUCAAGUGGUGCCUAUCGUAGCAGGCAGUCCAACUGUUUAUCUGCGGCCAUGCAUUUAUCGUCAGCCACUCCACUCCCUGCCACUGCAAUGACGCCGUCAUGCACUCCUGCUGCAACUCCUUCAGUUCCUCCUGCCGCUGUCACGCCUUACGAAGACACGAGUCGGCGGUCUCCUUCAGCCGACAUUAGGAACGACUCGUUCAACUCGGACAAUUCUCCUAACGCCUUAGAGAGACGGCAUGCAAAUCGUUACAAACAAUCUUUGCCUGCUGGAUUCAGAGAUGUUCCUUUACCCAUACCCAUAAGCAGGCUUUACCCAACCAUCGGAGCGCUGGAAGGCAUGAAUCUAGAACAAAAAUUUGAUUUCCUUUUCGGUGUUUAUGAGAAGAAGUACCUGGAAAGAGCAAUUGCUUUGAAAAGGAUUGGUGACGAUAAUAGUCUCGAUUUUAUUUUCCGAUGUGCAAAAUAUUUGGAGUCUUUUAUAUUUUUUGUAUUAGAAGGCCUUGUUUGGGAGCUUGAUGCUACCACUCACCACUCAGCUCUGGGCAUGUUUGAACAAACCCUUAAUAUCAUCAGGUGGGUGUUUUUACGUAGAAAGAAACAAACUCUUAGUUGUUCUCAAGAAUAUUAUGUAUAUUACCACCCAAAGCUCGCAGUUCUUGGUCGUUUUGCUCAAAGUUUGCUCUCUCUCAAAGUUUAUUCCAUAAGACGUUGUGAACUCAAAGAAAACAAAGGCCUCAUCAGAAACUACUGUGAAACAUUUGGGAAAAAACCCAACACCAGUAGUGCAUCUCAAAACGGUCCCAAUGGAGGGAGUGGUUCUGGUGGCGGAGCCAACCCUACUUCGGCGUUCCCAGGCGAAGGAACUAACCCUGCUACCGCAUCAACUCCUUGCGGUCAUCCUGCAGAGCCCCGUAGAACUGCAAACUCACCAUCUGGUCUGUCCUCUACUCCAUCACCAGCGGAAUCACACAACUCCGAGUCAUCAACUUCAUCAGGUUACAACACAACGCCGGUCGUGGCCACUCCCUCACCUCCGCAGGAGACCACGCCAAUGGUUGAAGUUCCUCUUCUUGUACAUGAGCAGCUUAUGCGCAAUCAGUCUAUCUAUGAGUCCUUAACAAACGCCCAUGAAAUGUGGGCCGAAGCUCAAUCUUUGAUCAAAGGAGAAGAAUUAGAAACAUUCUUUGCGUGCCUGUAUGAAGUGGUGUGCCCGCUGACGCUGCACUCAAGUCUCUACGAGUUACUGAUCUACAUCAUGGCCGGGCUGCGGGAAAUUGAACUGACCUUACCCAGACACUUCAUGGCAUCAGGGACCUGUAGAAUGUCGUAA